GGCUGGAGCGGAGGAUUUCUCCGGGCUGGCAGCGCUGCCUCCCGCCCCAGCCCCGCUGCCUGCCCGGGCGCACUGCGGAGGAGGACGGGGUGUCGCGGAGGGGCCGCCUGCCCGCUGCUGCCCAUCCCGACCGCCGGCAUGGGGACACAGGGGCUGGGGAUAACUUUUCUGACUUUGCCUCUCGUCGUGCAAGCAGCCGCGGGAGGGCAGUGGUGUUACGACUCGCAGGACCCCAAAUGCGGUCCCAGCCACUGGAAGGAGCUGAAAGCCACGUGCGGCGGCAACAAGCAGUCCCCCGUGAACAUUGACAGGCGCCAGCUGCAGCGGGAUGGUGGCCUUGGGGACAUCCUCUUCGAGGGCUACGACCAGGCUCCCCCGGGCAAGUGGAGGCUGGCGAACGAUGGGCACACGGUGAUGCUGAGCCUGGCGAGCGAGUCGGCCUCUGAGCACAUCGCCGUCAGCGGUGGAGGCCUCCCCGGCAGGUACCGUGCACUGCAGCUCCACUUCCACUGGGGCAGCCCAGCCGGGAAUGGCUCUGAGCACACCCUUGACGGGCGCCAGCUCCCCAUGGAGCUGCACAUUGUCCACAUCAAUGUCAAGUACCGGACGCUGGCGGAGGCCAAGGGGCACCCCAACGGGCUGGCCGUCCUCGGCUUCUUCUUCCAGGUCACCGAAACCCCUAACACCAACUAUAACACCAUUGUGGCGGGGCUGAGGAAUGUCUCCCGUGCUGGGGACUCCGUGGAUUUGGCCUCCACCUUCCGCCUGAGCACCCUGCUGCCGCGUGCCGGCCGGCUAUCCGGGUACUACCGCUACCAGGGCUCCCUCACCACCCCUGACUGCAGCGAGGUGGUUGUCUGGACCGUCUUCGAGGAGCCGGUGGAGAUCGGCCGGGAGCAGCUGCAGGCAUUUGUCAGCACCCUCCACUUCCCGGCCACCGGCUCCACGCUCCUGAAAAUGACCAACAACUUCCGCCCACCGCAGCCCCUCCGCAGCCGGACGGUCUUCGCCUCCAGGGUGGCUACGGCCAGCGGUGGGCCCCCGCACGGGGGCCACCACCAGCUCCUCUCCCCCCUGCUCCUCCUGGUCCUGCUUGGCCCCCUCUUGCCAACCCCAUAGGGUCUGGCCCAGCCUUUCGCCAGUCCCCACAUGAGCAUCACCCCGCUGCAAUGCGACAGGGAGGCAACACAUCUGGUUCAUGGGUAAAUGGGUGUGGGGGGGGGAAAGAACAACAACAAAAGAAGGAAAUUGAGACCUCCCUCGGCUGGGUGAAGAUUUUUGCAAACCUGGAUCUCUGCAGGGGUGAACCUCUGCAAGCCUGGAGCCUCCCCGUGACGCCCCUGUAGCCAGGCUGUGGGAGCCACCAGGAGGGAAUGCUGGAAUAAAGCCGAGGUCCUCACUGGUGGCUGCGGGUUGCUGCCUCUUUG